AUGACCGACAUACCGGCAGGAUGCGGCCAUGGCAAUGGCGAGGAGGGCAACCAUCCCGAACUUGCUGACCUGGUGGAAAAGUUGCAGAAACGCGCAUGCACCCUACUCGAUGAACUCCAAGCCUACCGAGCAUGCCUUGAGUCGCGGAAUAAAAUACAAGCUGUUGAAAUGAGAGUCUUCAAGCGCGGGGUAGAAUCCGAAGUGAAGAGCUUGGAAAAAAUAAAACAAACUCUUGCAAUUUCUGGUGCACUCGAAUGCACUGACUCAGAAAAUGAUGCCGGCCAAGAAGCACCACAGCUUCACGCCUUGAGAAGCUCUAACCUCCCCUUCUGGGAAGCAGUCUGGAGAAUAGCAAAGUCUUGCCGCGGGAUUUCUGCGCUGGGCAAGAGAGUGCACAUCGAAUCGAAGAAAGGGCGCAGACGGGGCACAAAAGAUCAAGCCGAAGACCGGAUUAACAGCUGUUCAACAGGCCCGAAAAUAUCUGACAAAGGAGUCCUUGUGGACAUCGUAGCCGAGAAUGGGCUCGAAUGGAUCAAAAUCUCCACGAUCACCGAGAAACGGCUUCUGUUCGAGAUGGCUAAAGAAGGCUGGGAAUCUUAUGCCGAUUUCAGCGAUGAGAGUGAGGCGGAUGACAGCAGUGCUGGGGCGACGAAUAGGAAUGGUAAACUAGAACUCAUCCGGAUCGCUGGGGAUCUCAAGCUGGCCUCACGGACGGUAAGGGUACAAUUUCAGCAUCCACGCAUCCGCUUCGUCUUGCCAAACAUUCGCGAGGGUGUUCUAUCCGACGUGGACGCCUUCAUUGAUGACUUGCGGGCAGCUGGUGUGGAGGUCCAAUGCGGUCCGGGGUUGCAAUUGCUCAGUGAACAGAGUCAAGAGAUGGAUAUUGACCGGAUGUUGCCUGCAGCAAUAACUCCUCGUUUGACGAAUACAAUCAAUAUCGAUUGUACCAUUCUCCUCGCCCUUAUAUCUGAUAUCUCGCAUUGUUCGCGCCAGCAACUACCUGCUCCCGGCGCCAGCACCUACCACAAGGCAAUCCUCCGCCAAAUUGAAGCUGAAGAAUCGUCUCACCUCGUCUUCGAUGAGCUCUACCCAGUUCUUGAUGGACAUGUGCUAGAAUGCACCGCCCACGCUGCAGGAAGAAUGCGGGAGAUCGUUCAAUGUAUGGGCACGCCCAGCGAGACAAAACGCGCCGACAUUAUCCUCGGUGUGGGUACCGCACGAGGUCAGUCAGCAUCCCAGCUCCGACAGGCGUGGAGUGAACACACAGUUCAUCCUGUACCUUCGGAGCUUCAAUUUCCCAUCAGAAUCGUAGAUUUCGAUGGUACACAGCUUCUGUCCUCCGACCGGAAAACAGCUCGAUGCGCAAGCGGUGGGAUCUUUCCUUCUCGGGUGGCGAACCGUGCAACUAACCUCAUGAGCCUUUCCCCGAUCAAUAUCUCUGUGUUCUUCUAUGGAUGGUCAAGGGAGAUAGUCACAUUCACCAGCAAUCGGGUCGUGGCAACCGGUCUUCUCAAGACCAUCAAUGAGGUACUGGAUGAGUGUGAACACAGUGAUUCUGCUGGGGACGAGGUCGACAGCAACUUCAUCGGUCCACAGAUAUAUAUCUGCGAGACAGCAAGGAGUCUGAUUGGCAAGGCGAAAAGCAAAGGAUGA